CUACAUGCUAUGAAUUUGCUCUACAGCGAAACGUGUGAGGAUUCACCGAAUAACUGAAAUUACAUCCAAUUGUUAAGCAGGUGCUUAUUAAAUUCAAUUAGUCUGUCUACAUGGCGUAGACAUAAUGAAUAAACUGGGAUUCGAAAAUUGAGAUGCCGGCAUUCAAUUGAAACAGGUGUGUAAACAACUUGUUUGAAAGAGGUGGUGAUCUUCAAUUAACUGGAGCAAGCUGUUCAUAUUCUGCAGCAAGAAAAAUACACUGGGGUCUAUUAUAGAGCAUAUAUAAACAGGAGAAACAGAAGCUGCAAGAUGGAUUCUGUGGUGGAAAACUGUUCAAACACCAAAAUGGCGCAUGUUCCAUACAAGACCUUGUGUUUCUCACUGGCAGAUGAACAGAAUGGCAAUGACUUGCCAAGUCCAGUCUCUGCCAGGAGCAUCAGCAGCCUUAGCAACAGAAGUGUAGAAAGUCCACCCGACAUUGAGAUGUUCGAGUGUCUGAGUGAUGGCAAUUCAGUGGAGGGUGACCCCUCGUGCUCUUUCUUAAAGAGCUCUCCAAGCACCACAGGGUUAAUUAUCACAGAACUCUACAAUGAUACGCACGAUGAUCAUGCAAGGUACUGUAUAGAUGGCAGUGUUGAUGGAAGUAGCAGGGCCUCAAGCCCACUCCUGUCCUCUGCCAGGCAAAGCGUCUCGGAGAGUUCCUCUGAGCCACCCUGCCGUAGCUUCAGCGAUGGCUCCAUGGACAGGGUCCUGCGCAGCAACAGCUUCUGCCUGCAAGACUCAGACCAGGCCCUCAGCAUCUCCUAUCUGGCGGAGUCGGCAGGAUCCCCAGCGACGCCCUCUGACCUGGGCGUACCCUCUCUCCGGGAGCUGGGGGUCACCCCAAAAGAGCAAAUGAAGCACCUGCACCUGGGAGAUGUCCCCUUUAGCCCGCAUAAUCAAACCUAUUUCCUGGAUGAAUGUACAGGGCAACCUGCUCUCAGUGUGGCAGCAAAGGCUAGAGGAAGUCCACUAGCUGUGCCCACUUCAAAGUUUGAUUUUGCCACCCCAGGGUCCUGUAGGACUGGUCACUCUGCUCUGAAGCUGCGGCACAAUAAUACUCAGGGAUCCGGUCGGCUCAUGACUGCAGCGGACAGCACUUUUAUGGUGCCUGCCUCUGAGGAGAGUGACCCCAGCAAUGUGCAGACAUCCACUCCAGUGCAGUCCCUAAGCAACAAGACAUUCUGCCUACCAACCCUCAACGAGUCACCCUUCACAAAAGAACCAGGAGACCAGGGAAGCUCAAAAGCUGACGGGAUGAAGGAACAGCCAGGGUCUGGCCCCACACCAACAGGGGUGGCUACUAAGACGGCUACUGUGGCACCCAAGGUCAAAAAGUUCACCAAGCCUGAUUUUAGUGCUGUGAAGUCAAAGAUCUUCUCAAAGCAGGCAAGCACACAAAAAUCAUCAAAUCUGCCAGUUGUGCAAGCUUCUCCAUUUUGUUCCUCUAAGCGUAACGAGGAGCAGGUUCAGAAACCAGCUCGCCCGACACGGAAUAAACCCUCUGCUACGUCGGCUCUGCUACGUCCCUCUGCUACACCUAAAAAGAUUGCUUUAAGUAGGGGAGAGGCGCCACCUUCAGACAAACAAGAGAAGCCUCCUGCAAGUCACAAUAAGCUUAUGUUCCCCAAGCCUCGGCCGCGUCUGUGGUCUGACAGUUCCUCUGUGCCCAAAACAAAGGCUGACACUCAGCACCAGAGGGGGAAAACGGCCCCUCCCAGUUUCAUAGCUAAGGUCUACAAAGCUGUCACUCAGUCCAAGGCUGUUCCUCAGAGACAGCAGUUGAAGUCCAUACAGGGACAUCAGAAUGGCUCCACAUCUUCUCAAGAGGAUGCACUCAGCAAAAGAGCCCCAGAGUCCCGGUUGGAGCGGACAAAGAUAAGCCCAAAAAUGGUGAGCAGCAAGCCAGCGGGGUCAGUGACCGGGUCAGCAGUGAGACCUGGAGCAGGCUUGGAGGAGAAGAAGGGCCGGUUUGGAGUGCAGUCGUCUCCCUGCCGUGAGCGAGCUGCCCCAGGCUCUCCGGCCGCUGGGGGGAGCGGCUCACGGCAUCCACCCAUUAUGGCCAAGCUGAGGCUGGGCAGCACCCGGGGGUUCAGUCCUAACAAAGACAGCCAGGCUCCAGGUCAUUCCAAAAGUGUUCUGAACAACGUGUCCACUGGUGUAGGAUCGUCACGGCCUCAGGAUGCAGUCAGUGGGGUAAAGAGCAGCCCAAAGAAAGCCCUUCCCCCAGUGACCCCCUCCAGAAUACCUACGCAGCCCCAAGGAGUAAUCAAGAACAUCAGUGGAUCCUCUCACUCCAGUGGCCACAACUUACAAGGCUAUGGAGAAUCCCAGUGUAACAGUGGUGGAAGGGCUGCCUCAUCCAAAGCCUCAGGACUCCGAUCCAGACUCCAGACACCAGCUAAGAGCACCACAAGAACAGCAGUUUACAGGAGCGCCGCCUCAUCCAAUCCAACCGCCAUCAAGCCCGUCUCCAGCACCUCCAAAAAGCUCCCUCCGACACGGCUGGCCCAGGCAAACUCCAUUCAACCAGUGGACAAGAACAAAUCGAGGCCCAACGCCCGGAACCCACAACCACCACCACCAGCAGCGCAGCAGCAGCAGCAGGUGAAUGGCCAUCGGGACCCAGCGGCCGCUGCGGGCAAGUGGAGUGUGGAGCACUACCAGGCACAGUGUGCGAGAAGCACCACCACCAUCCAAGAGCUGAAGAGGCUUCUUCUGGGAAGCAACUGCAGAUUUGAAGCGGUCACUGUUGUCCUGCAGCGUUGUAUAGCAGAGCAUGAAGAGUCCUUGAGGAAAUGUGGGGAGUUGUCUCAGGAGCUGGUGAACCUGCGUGAGGAGCUGGUGAACUCCUCCCAGUCAUGCGAUCGCCUGGAGCAAGAGAAGGAGGACCUGCGGGCGGCCUUCGAUGGCGUCCUCCAGAAGCUACAGGAGCAGCACCGCAACGACCUGGCCGAGCUGGAGGAGAGACUCCGCACCUUCUACGCCGCCGAGUGGGAGAAGGUCCACCAGGUCUACCAGGAGGAGGCCGACAAGUGCAAGACCCAGAUGGAACAGCAGCUGGAAAGUUUGAAGUCCAAGCAUGAGGUUUUGAAGAAGGACCUGGAAGCCAGCCAUGCUGACAAGAUGGAGAGCAUCAAACAGCAGCAUGAACAGUCUUUAGAGGAAGUCAGGAAAGCUCAUGAAACUGAAAUGCAGACGUUAGACAACGCUCUAAAGGAGACUGAAGUGAACCUAACAGGUCAGAUUGAAGAGCUCCGGACAGAGAACAGUGCUUUAAAUGAAAAGCUUAGAGAAGACGAGAAGAGGAGGGAAAUGUUUGCAGAUUCUCAGAAGGACUCCCACACUCUCUAUCUGGAGCAAGAGCUGGAAAGUCUUAAAGUGGUGCUGGAGAUCAAGACCCAGCAGCUGCACCAGCAAGACAAGAAGCUCAUGCAGAUGGACAAAGUGCUGGAGAGGAAUGUGAAACUUGAUGAAUGUCUGCAAAAAGUCCAGCAGGAGAAUGAGGAUCUCAAAGCCAGGAUGGACAGGCAUAUGGCUUUGUCUAGGCAACUGUCCACGGAGCAGGCAGUGUUACAGGAGUCUCUUCAGAAGGAGUCCAACGUGAACAAGCGCCUCUCCAUGGAAAAUGAAGAGCUCCUCUGGAAAUUACACAAUGGAGACUUGAGUAGCCCACGCAAGCUGUCGCCCACGACACCCUCCAUGUCCCUGCAGUCGCCCCGAAACUCUGGAGUCUUUUCCAGCCCUCCUGUUUCACCCAGAUAACACCGGCUCAAGGCUUCCAUGAAGCGUGCGACCUGUGACUCUCUCAGAGUUUUAAACCAUACCAAAAGCUAUAUUAGCUACACAGGGUUACUUUUAGCCCUGUUAUCCCAAGAAGACAUUUCCAAAAACGGAUAUACUUUUUCAACAUGAUGUACAUAUGACUGUAAAGACACUUGUAUUGCACAGAAGCACUUAACCAGCGUGGACAACCAUGUUCUGAAUUUCUGCCUUUCUGUUUUUGAUGUAUGGAGGAAAAAGGACAUCUCAGGUGUGUCUUCAUUUUUUUCUGACUAUUUUGACUAAGGCCAUUUGAAAUCCCUGAGAAGAAUGACAUCCUCAUCACCCCCUUUGUUGCAGUCAGACUGCCAGAAUCCUGCUUCACUAAACGAUUUGCAGUUGUAGGUUGUUAGUCUAUGUGGUGUUGCAUUGUCAAAUUAGUUUUCCUGCCACUCAACAUAUUCAAACCUUCACCGAUUUGGGACACCGGGAAUCUACAGAAAUGUGUAAAGGAAUGUAAAACAGGCAGAGAUAUUGACAGUGCUAAAUUCUACAGCGGUGGUUUGGUCAGAUGAGAUGACUGAAUGAUUCACACUUAAGAACUUUCUUACUGAAAACUGAAGAUGCCGAAGGUGCAUUAAAUUGGCCACAUGUGACCUCAAUCACUACAGAAAGAAUCUGGAUUCCAGAAGACUAUAAAUAUGUAAAAACUGUACUUUACCUUUCAUCAAGCCUCUCUAUAAUUCAACUAUUUCAAAAGGCCUCCUUCUAUGCCAUAAUAACGAACACUCAGUGCCUGCUGACUGUGAGACUCCAGAGCUUUUGGGGUUACGGCAGAUCUUAACCCGCUGUGCUCUGGACACAAGUACCCAGUACAGCUUGACCAGAACGUUUGUAUAGACCUAUUAUUGCUGAUCUGGAGGGUAGUGAUUCAGUUUCAAAUCUGCCGUUAAGCAUGUGCACAUGUCCUGUCCCCUGUGUGGUCUCCUCAGCACAGUGGUGCAAAGGGAAACCUAGUCACGAUGGUUCCUGAUUAGACUCGGUCAGUGGCGAGGAAGACGCUUUAGAAGAAGGUUGUUUAUGAAGGGCUGCUGGUCAGGUAAUCAUGAGGGCCUUUCACUUCAUUAAGAACUCUGAGGUGUUCUGCUGAUUUGGUAGAUUUGAUUGACAGAAUAAUGAAUUGUCAUCAGUAACUUGACUCUUCACCAAGGCACGUCUAACCCCAACUGAGUUUUGCUUUUCCUCUGUUCAGAUUUCUCAAAUGACCAUGGGACCAGUGCAUCUGACUGUUUGUGCACGGCUUGAGAGCAUCUCUUCUUUUGUACAAAGAGGACUCUCCUACUGCAGCUGUGUGGCUACGAAAAGAGAUGUGUUGGAGUGUGGGUGUCUAUUUUGAGUGUCACUUGAGUCUGUUUUGCUUUAAAGUAACCAUUUGGAUGUGAAUUUAUUCAUGUGACUGAAGCUCUUUUAAAAUAUGCAAUGAAUAAAGUCAGCUAUUACACUUAAA